UAUGAUCCGGAAUCAAUUUCCCCGCAAAACUCAAACUGUUGCCGGUUUUACGGUUUAAUAAAAUAUCGGAUAACUUAGACAAUGGGGGAAGAAAUAAACAUAACAGAAGAUGAAGCAGCUUUGUAUGAUAGACAAAUUCGUUUGUGGGGGCUGGACGCUCAGAGGAGGCUACGCGCAGCGAGGGUGCUGCUGAUCGGGCUGAGAGGACUAGGAGCUGAGAUAGCCAAGAACAUCGUCCUGGCUGGCAUCAAGUCUAUUACCCUGUUAGACUGUACAGAGUCAACGGAAGAAGAUGGGUGUUCACAAUUUCUGAUAUCCAGAAAUGAUGUCGGUAAAAACAGAGCUGAGGCAUCUCUUGAGCAUGCUCAGCGUUUGAACCCUAUGGUGGAGGUGAUGUCAGAUACCCAGAGUGCUGACGAGAAGUCGGACGAAUUCUUCACCAAGUUUGACGUGGUGUGUGCCACUUGCUGUAAACAGUCCACUCUCAUCAGGAUCAACAAAGUCUGCUCUGAUCACAAGGUCAAAUUCUUUGGGGGCGAUGUGUACGGUUUCUAUGGUUACAUGUUUGCUGAUCUAGGAGAGCAUGAAUUUGCAGAGGAAGUUCCUAAACCAAAACAGAAGGAAGAAGGUGGAGAGCCAGACACAAAGAAAGCUAAGAAAGAGGAAAUAGAGAUGGUCACAGUCAAGAGGAGUGUGACCUUCAGUCGACUCCACAGUGCCUUGGAGAUUGACUGGUCCUCCCAGGCAGCCCUCAGGAAGCUCAAGAGGACACCCAAUGCUUACUUCAUCAUGCAAGUUUUACUGGACUUCAUCAGCAACAAUAACAGAUACCCAGACUCCAAACAGAAGGAAGCAGACAUAAAACUGUUAAUAGAACAGAAAACCAAAACCUUGGAGAAACUAAAACUCAGUCCUAGUCUGGUCUCAGAUGAUUUUGCCAGUUUCUGCUUUGCUGAACUAAGUCCAGUGUGUGCAAUCGUUGGGGGAGUCAUUGGCCAAGAAAUCAUCAAGGCAGUUUCUCUGAAGGACCAGCCUCACAACAAUUUCUUUUUCUACAACGGCGUGGAGGGUAGUGGCCUCGUGGAUAACAUCUCAUCCCCCUGACCUGUUUAUAUUUGUUAACCUGUCAUUACUGAAGCAUCUAUUUGUCAUUUGUAAAAAGAAAUCAACUAGAAAGUA